GACCAGGGAACCCCGGCAAUGGCUGCGCCGCUGCCAUUUUUCUCCCAGCAUCCCCUGCGGCCGCCGCCGCCCCGGCUCCAUUUCCGCGCGAGCGCGGCGCCAAACUCGAAGCUCAAGAUGGCGGCGGAGAGUGUGUUCAACCGCCCGGUGUGUGUGCUGGUGAGGGGCCAGGGCUUGCGAGGAGAGGAUUUAGCUGUUCGAUUGACUGAUGAUACUGAUCCUUUUUUUCUUUAUAACCUUGUCAUAUCUGAGGAAGAUUUUCAAAGUUUAAAAUCCCAGCAAGGUCUUCUGGUAGACUUCUCUGCUUUCCCAAAAUUUAUAGAUCUGCUUCAGCAAUGCAUUCAGGAACAGAACAAAGAUAUCCCAAGGUUCUUGCUGCAGUUAGUUUCUUCAGCAUCUAUUCUAGAUCACACACCUGUCUUUCUAAAUGUAGUGGAGACGAACCCUUUCAAACAUCUUACCCAUCUCUCUCUGAAGUUCCUACCAGGAAAUGAUGCAGAAAUAAAGAAGUUUUUAGCCAGCUGUUUGAAAUGCCUUAAGGAAGACAAAAUGAUGUUGGAAGAAAAGCUUAGAAAAACUGAAGAGGAUCUGACUAGACAACUGAGCUACACUCAACAGAACUUGUCAGAGAAGAGCCGAGAACUAGAUAAAAUGAAACAUGAAUGGACAUCAGUCACUACAGCUCUAACAAACAAACACACACAGGAGCUGACAAAUGAAAAGGAAAGAGCUCUGCAGGCACAAGCUCAGUACCAACAACAGCAUGAACAACAGAAAAAGGAGCUAGAAAAUUUGCAUCAGAAAAAUAUUCAACAGUUGCAGAACAGACUCUCAGAACUGGAGGUCAUCAAUAAAGAUCUAACAGAAAAGAGAUACAAAGGAGACUCCACAGUCAGAGAACUGAAAGCAAAGCUUUCUGGAAUAGAAGAUGAAUGUCAAAGAGCAAAGCAGGAGGUACUUUCACUGCGUCGGGAGAACACAACUCUGGAUGCUGAAUGUCAUGAGAAAGAGAAACUCAUAAACCAGCUGCAGACCCGGGUUGCUGUUCUGGAACAAGAGAUCAAAGAUAAAGAUCAGCUCAUUAUUAGAACAAAGGAAGUAUUGGAUGCCACACAAGAGCAAAAGGUGAACCUGGAAGAGAGUACAGAAAAAAAACAAAGUCAUAUUGAAAAACUAGAGAUAACAAUUAAGUCAUUAUCAGGAGAACUUCUUAAGGCUAAUGAAAUUAUCAAGAAGUUACAAGGAGAUUUGAAAACUCUAAUGAGUAAAUUAAAAUUGAAAAAUACAGUUACAAUUCAACAGGAAAAACUGUUGGCAGAGAAAGAAGAAAGACUGCAAAAAGAACAGAGAGAAUUCCAGGAGAUGGGUCAGUCUCUUCGGACAAAAGAACAGGAGGUUUGCAAGCUACAAGAACAGCUAGAAACUACAAUACAAAAACUAGAAGAAAGCAAGCAGUUACUGAAAACCAAUGAAAAUGUAAUCACAUGGUUAAACAAACAGCUGAAUGAAAUUCAGGUGGGCAAGAAGCUAGACAGUUCUCCCAACUCACUUGGUGGUGGUAGGGCUGCCAUUUCACCUCAUGGCAUGCCUGACCAACCAUCCUUUCCCAGCUCAAGAAUCAAUCAUCCCAUUUCUCCUCUGUAUGCUUUCCAGAACUUUGCAGAACCAGCACACCACAAAAACAUCAGUUCACAAUGUCCAGUACCAAAGAUUCAGUUUAACAUGCAGCUUUCCAAAAUGAAUCAAUGUUCAAAUGUUCAGACAGUACCUGCAACCAUUUUUCCAGCAAACAAGGAGAAUGGUGAUAAUUUGGGGUUGGACUCAAAGUAUUUCAAGAAAAAAGAUGACAGCAUUCCUUUACGAGGGCUUAGCCAAAAUACACUCAACUCUGAAUAUCUGAAACCAUCUACAUCACCAAAAGCCCAGCCAUCACCAAAAGCUGCAGUAAUACCACCCUCAGCUUAUUUUCCUGGAUAGUAGAUGGGGUUCUUAAAGUAAGAGUCCUUUUCUGACCAUUUGGGGGUGUGUGUGAUGUCCUGUAAUAGUCCGACCUGACAUAAUUUUCUAAGUCUGAAUCUGUUUUCUUUGAGAAGCAUACCUUGAUUGACUUUGAUGACUUUUCAGGGUACAGAGCCUAAAGAAAAGAUAAAAACUUUGCAAGCAGCCUCAGCCCUCUUAGUAUAUUGGAGACUGGACUCUUCCUAAAAACCCACUUAAGUGCACUGACUUGUUACAAGAACUGACAAGUGUGGCUCUGUUACAGAUGAAAUGUACACUCUAGCAUUCCCUGAGAGAGAAACACUUCUCUGUGAAUACUUUUCUGACUCCUUUCAGAGAAAAGGAUGAUGCAAAUAGGAAUGCUGGAGCACAACAGUUGCUGGUUUAGCUGACCAAUUUUAAUAAUGGUCAAGCUUCUACAUUAGCAUAACUGCCUCACUAAUCCUCCCUUACAAUUUUAAUUUUUAAAACUUUCUCAAUUUUGGAACUAGUUUAUUUCAUUUGUGUAUGGACUUACAAAUAUAUUUAAUACUUAACUUGCUAAAUUAUUUCCUGAAGGUAUAAAAAUUUAAUUAAAAGUUCUUGCUCUUGGUUACCCUGAUGUGCUGUUAAUGUCAGCAGUGUACUCCACAGGUCACCAUGCAUAAACGAUUAAGCAAAGUAUCUAAACAGUUAACUAUUGAAAGUAUCACAACAGCUAAAAGCUACUUAUUUUACUAACCAUAGUUCACAGAAAUUUGAGCUUCUCUAACACUUACUUUAGGGGGACCAAGUCUAUUCAGCUGUUCUACUUGAGCUCAAAUGUUAGAAUCACAACUUCAUUCUGUGCAGCUUUACUGGGACACCAAAUGAAAAUCUGGCAAGUGUUGUAACAUACAAAAUAAACUUAAGUUACUUUUUUAUGUCAUAGCUUUUUUCCCAGCUAUUUAAGUGAUCCAGAGGUUGUAUAUUUAAGUGGUUUGUUUUGCAGUGCAAACUGUUUUAUAUUUGUUUAUAAAUCAAGCACCCAUGUUUAAUCGUAUAUUCACUUUUUUUUUGACAUAUAAAUUGUCAGUGGAAAUAUUAAAUGUGUGGUUUUUUGUAUCAAAAUGUCUGAUUAGUAAUGUUCCAACAGUCCUAAAGUAACAUUCUCCCCACACAGAAAUUCCAGCAUUAGGUAAGUGCUAGACCCAUAUUUUUUUUAGUCACCUUACCUGGAGUUUUCUUCCCAGCUCACUU